GUGCUCGAGGAGUUGAGAGGCGCGUGUUUGUGUGUUUUUGUGUAGUUUUGUGUAGUUUGUUGGUCAUCAGCACAGAAGCGGCUUAAAUGUAGGAGCGGCGCAACAUGGCGGAUCUCUCUCUGCUGCAGGACUCGCAGGAGGACACGGGCGGAUUGCUGGAUUUCGUGUCUCAGGAUGAGAUGUUGACUCCUCUGAGCCGACUGGACAAAUACAUCAGCAGCGAGAACGUCUUCAACAGGCAGAUGGUGGCCCGCAGUCUUCUAGACACACUCCGUGCUGUUAGUGAAGAUGAGCAUGAGUGUGUGUCUGUGCUGGAGAGAAUCGACAGACUCGCAGACGACUCCGAGCCGACGGUGCGGGCGGAGCUGAUGGAGCAGAUCCCACACAUCGCCAUCUUCUGCCAGGAGAACCGGCCCUCCAUCCCCUCCGCCUUCUCCAGAUACCUGCUGCCCAUCGUGGUGCGCUACCUGGCGGACCAGAACAACCUGGUGCGUAAGACGAGCCAGGCGGCGCUGCUGGUUCUGCUGGAGCAGGAGCUGAUGGAGCGAGCAGACGUGGAGACUCUGGUGUGUCCGGUUCUGGUGGAUCUCACCGCUCCAGACAGCAAUGAUGACGUCAAGACUGAAGCCAUGGCGAUCAUCUGUAAGAUGGCACCGAUGGUGGGGAAAGACAUCACGGAGCGUCUGUUCCUGCCGCGCUUCUGCGAGAUGUGUUGUGACUGCCGCAUGUUCCACGUACGCAAGGUCUGUGCUGCAAACUUCGGUGAUAUCUGCAGUGUUGUUGGAGGAGACGCCACAGAGGAGCUGCUGAAUGUGUGGGGCGUGAGGAAAGCCUGCGCCGAGUGUUUCAUGAGCGUCUCCUCAGCCUCGUCUCCAGAAGUGCGGCGGAGCAAGCUGUCAGCGGUGUUCAUCAGUCUGAUCAGCGACCCCUCGCGCUGGGUCCGUCAGGCGGCAUUCCAGUCUCUGGGUCAGUUCAUCUCUACCUUCGCCAGCUCCAGCAGUGCAGCGGGUCAGUUCUUCAGAGACGAAGCCGACUGGAACUCCAGCACACUCAGCACGCACACACACACACCUCCCAGCUCCGAGACGCCGCUCCUGUGUGUUUCCCACAAUGCACUGGGGUGUGAGGAGCCAGACGUAGCGGAGGAGGGCGGCGGAGAGCAGCCGGCGGAGGAGGAACCGGAGGUCAGGGACCCAACAGAGGAGCAGGAAGCCCUGGAGCAGGACAUGUCCCAGCAGCAGCAGGAGGUCAGUGACCCUGAGGAGGAACAGGAGCAGGACAGGACCACCGGCAGCUCUCAGCAGCAGGAGGUCAGUGGCCCUGUGGAGGAACAGGACAGGACCCCCAGCAGCCCCGCUGAGCAGCAGGAGGUCAGGGGCCCGGCGGAGCAGGAGGAUGAGUCCCCCAGCGGUCCCCAGCAGCAGAUCCCGGAGCAGGAGCUCUUCAACUCUUUCCACUACUGGCGGACCCCCAUCCCGCAGAUAGACCUGGAGCUGGAGCUGCAGGGGCCCCAGAAGCGGCCCUCUGCCCCACCGCUCGCCCGCAGACAGCUGGAGGAGCUGAUCGAGAACCUGGAGCCGCACAUCGACGACCCCGACGUCAAGUGUGUGCAGGAGUUGGUGUUGUUGCUGGAGUUGUACAGUGCUCAGGACGUCCACGAUUAUCUCCGACCGCUGGCCUUCUGUCUCUGCACUGACCGAGUCUCAUCCGUACGCUGGACAUCCUACAGACUGGUGAGCGAGAUCAUCAGGAAGUUGUCGUCGUGUUCGUCUCUGCUGGUGUGUUUCCUGUCGGAGCUGGUGGAGAAGUUCUGUCACUCUCAGAAGUGGUCCAGUCGGCAGGCGUUCGCCUUCGUCUGUCAGCUCUCCAUAGAGGAGGAGUGUCUGACUCUGGAUCAGUUCUCGGAGCAUCUUCUUCCUCCUCUCCUCCGGCUGGCGUCUGAUCCGGUCCCUAAUGUACGAGUGCUGCUGGCCAAAACCCUGCGCCAGACCCUGCUGGAGCGAGAGUAUCUGGUGAGCUCGUCUCCCGGUCAGCAGGAGGCGCUGGAGCACACACUGCUGUCGCUGCAGACGGACGUGGAUAAGGAUGUGAAAUAUUUCGCCAGUGUGCAUCCGGCAAACACCCGUCUGAACGAGGACGCCAUGAGCACCACCUCCUCCACAUACUGAUCACAUGACUGACCAGGACCUUCCCAGAAUGCACCUCACUGCGGGGCCCGCGGGAUCGGUGUCGUUCUGUCUUGAUUUCGCCACAGGAGCCUUAAACACGUCUUCCUUAAACACACACACACACACACACACACAUCAUACUUGAAGAGCUGCAGCAGCAGACUGACCCACCACCCACUGGGUCAACAGGCUCUGGUAGUGCUGAGUGUGUGUGGCCACAUUGGGCUGUUGGUGCUCUAGUUAACAGGCUGAGCUGGGUUAACUAGCUCUGGGUUAGCUGGGUCAGGUAAUGCUAGGCUGGGUUAUUUUGUUCUGCUCAUGUGGGUUAAUCAGGUCUGAAUUAACAGGUCAGGAUGGGUUAAAGGGUUCUGGGUUAGCGGUGUCUGGGGUGCUUUAACCAGCUAUGGUAAUCCUAGGGUUGGUUAACCACUGGGCUCAUGGUGUUUGGUAAUACUUGGGUGGGUUAACCAGCUCUGGGUUAGUUGUGUGUGUCUGCGGUGUGUGUGUGUGUGUGUGUGUGUGUGUGUGUGUGUGUGUAUGUGUGUGUGUGUGUGUGUGUGUGUGUGUGUAUGUGAAUGAUCUGAAGGGCUGUUUUAAUGUUGCGCUGCAGCACAUUGUUGUAGUGCUGUGCGCGUGUGUGUGUGUGUGUAUGAACUGGUUUUUAACGUUGUGAAUGUGACCUCCGCCAGUGUGUGUGAGCUGCAGCGUGCUGUUUUACCUCUGUCCUCCUCCUCUUCUGUAUAUACUCCUCUGUUUUGGGUCAUCAGUAGCUGAUCUGAUCUGAUUCUCUUAACGGUCCACAAUAAACUUUACAUUAAACACUGA